AUGCACUCAACCAUGUGGCUUCUGUCGGUGGUAUUUGCAAGCUUAGUCUUUUACCUCAUGCUCAAGAGCCGCUCUCUGAGACAAAAGCUUCGCUUUUUUCUGCUCAUGAGCCUCAUCAUCAGCCAGGUGAUUUUCAAUUCCGUCCAGGUCGUUUUCUACAUACUGCACCUGUGCCAGUAUCAACUGUCCCGGGCAAUGUGCGCCAUCUACUUCAUGAUUCUCUUCUCCACCCUGAACAACGAACUCUUCAGCGUGAUGGCGAUGUCGGUGGACAGAUACGUGGCCAUUUGCUGGUCGCUGAGGUACAAUGAAAUCUGCUCGACCGAGAAGUAUUGGAAAAUCAUCGUCGCCGUGGUUGGUUUAUCCACCGUAUGGCCUGGAAUUCGAUUGAUGAACAAUCUAGUGCUGAAAAAUUCCUCGGAUCUCAAUUCGCCGGUCAUUUGCUCGUUGGAUGUAAUGGACCCCCCUGGGGCAAUGGGAGAUCUGGCAACGGCUCUCAUUUUAGGGCCCAUCGUGAUCGCUAUCCUCAUCAAUUUCGUUUGCUACUGCUGCAUCUAUUUCGAAGGAAAGCGCAGCGGGAACUUAGGGAUGGCGAACAAGCGCGCUCGCAAAACCGUCAUGUACCACUUGGUGCAGAUUUGUUUUUUCGUGAUGCCGAUGUUUCUGUACUAUAUCGAAAACGCGUUCUUGAUUAUGACCAGUCACGUGGUGCAGAACCUCAUGCUGUUUCAAACCGUUGUGUUUGGCGUCGCUCAAGGUCUGAGUCCCAUUGUGUAUGGCUUACGCGCUCGCGAGUUAAGAGAGACACUUGUAAGGGUGUUCUGUACCAAUAGACGCAUUGGGGAGGUUAACAAUUGACUAAUUUUUCCCGUUGUUCUUUUGACGAUAGCGGAAUAAGAAACGGCAAGUUGCGACAACCGGUGUCCCUCGAUUUACGAACGUUCGGUUCACGAAAUUUGGCGCUCACGCAAUUGUGCAAAUUACGGACACUUUUCGAUUCACGAAAUCGAUUUUCCGCGUGAACGAAAUUUCACACUGCACGCGUCACCAGAUCAAUCGAGAACAAGCCGUGAGGCUGCGUCAUGCAUCCGCUACAGAGUCUCAGUAUCCCUACAGCACGUCAACUUUCCAGUCAUUCCAACAUGCGGAUAUUUUUUUAUGAGUUCCUCGAUAAGGUUAAUUCUUUUUGUUUCAGCUUUAACUUGAAUUUACAUUUGUUUUGUUUUUGUGUUCUCUAUUGUAGUUUUUUUUGUGUUGUGACAUGCGAUAUAGGUGUGUAUUUUUUAGGUUAGGAGUAGAGUUGGAGUGACUGUCCGAAACGCAUCCCGAAAAUUAAAUGAAAGUGGGAAAAUCAUUAAAUUUACGCAAUUGUGUUUUCCGCGUGUUUUAAGUUUGUUUGUUUUUUUAAGAACGGCAUCCCUUUUUGUAAAAAGAGGGACCUGCAAUGACGUGCAAGUACAAAAUAACAAACAAAGAAACUGAAAUUUGGAUUUAAAGCUUUCGUGACUGCAGUAAUUCAUAUUCUUA